GACACUACGCUGGCUUUGUCGGGAGGAGACGCACUUGCCUCGCACCGCACCGACCCAUGCACGGUAGAUGCGCUGACUGAGUUUGGCCAGCUUUCCCUCUCAGGCGACAUCGCAAUCUACGAGACACAAAUUCAUGCUGUUGUAGAUGUGACAAAAGGUGUGAGGAUGACUGCCGAGGAGACCAUCAACAUAAAGGAGGUGGAGAUCAUCAAGCUGGUGCUGGACUUCCUCAACUCCAGGAAGCUUCACAUCAGCAUGCUGGCCCUGGAGAGGGAGAGCGGAGUCAUCAACGGACUCUACUCAGAUGACAUGCUCUUCCUCAGACAACUGAUUCUGGACGGCCAGUGGGAUGAGGUGUUGCAGUUCAUUCAGCCUCUGGAGAGCAUGGACCAGUUCGACAGGAAGAAGUUCCGCUACAUCAUCUUGAAGCAGAAGUUUCUGGAAGCUCUCUGUGUCAACAACGCCAUCGCCGCUGCAGACGACCCUCAGACUUUGAAGUUGACUAUGCAGGAGGCAGUGAAGUCUCUCCACGCGUUGGAGGAGUUCAGUCCGAGUAAAGACGACUACAGCAAGCUGUGUCUGCUGCUCACGCUGCCCCGCCUCACGCAGCACGCGGAGUUUAAGGACUGGAACCCCAGCACGGCGCGGGUGCACUGCUUCGAGGAGGCCUGCGCCAUGGUGGCAGACUUCAUCCCCGCCGACCGCAAGCUGAGCGAGGCCGGCUUCAGGGCCAGCGGGAACAGACUCUUCCAGCUGCUCAUCAAAGGAGUGCUGUACGAGUGCUGCGUCGAGUACUGCCAGAGCAAAGCCACCGGAGAGGAGAUCAGCGAGGGGGAGGUUCUCCUGGGUCUGGACGUGCUGUGCGGCAACGGCUGCGACGAUCUGGACCUGAGCCUGUUGUCAUGGCUACAGAACCUGUCACCGGGCGUGUUCGGCUGCGCGUUUGAGCAGAAGACGCUGCACAUCCAGGUGGACCGCAUGGUCAAGCCGCUCCGCUCCGGCCACGCCGACCUCCUGACGCCGCUCAUCAGCAAGCUGUCCCCAUGCCCCGCCUCCCCGCUACGCAGGCCGCAGUCCGCCGACACAUACAUGUCCCGCUCGCUCGCACCCGCGCUCGACGGGCUGUCGCACGGCCUGGCGGGGAAGGAGAGGAGGAGGGACGGGGACCAAGGGGAUGGACAGCUCCGUCUUCCAGGACUCACCGGACAGGUAAUGACGAGUAGGAAACCAAUCCUUUCCCGUGACACACCAGAUAACCUCCUGCCUCCUGUAAAGACCAACGGGACGCGUCCACCUCUGGCAGCGGGAAGAGACGGCGGCCCUGUCAACUCUAACGACACUAUCGAGUCUGUGGACCAGCUACAGGAGUACCAGCGUCAGCGGUUGCGAGUGCAGCAGCACCUGGAGCAGAAGCAGCAGCAGAGGCAGCUGUACCAGCAGAUGCUGCUGGAGGGCGGCGUUAACCCACCACACCACCAGGGGGAGACAAACAUGCAGCACAGCCUCACCGAGAAGUUCCUCAACAGGUCGAUCGCAAAGCUGGAGGAGAUGAACAUGGGCAUGGACAACAACAACCUAGUGGACGAUGUCCAGUCCCUCACCCAGCAGUACAACGGCACUGCCCCCAAGACUGGCAUCCCUGCCACCCCUUCUAUAGUCCAGACUGGCACCCCAGCGCCCCCUGCUGCCCAGCCUGGCCAUCUGACCCCCGCGGGCACCACACACACCCCUGAGACGGGGAAGCCAGCCGUGGUGAGCAGCACGCCACAGAGGACGGACGCAAGAGGAAUGCCCUCGCUGGACGAAUCGCCUGUGAUGCAGACGCAGCAGAGCGGUCUGAAGGAGGGAACGAAGAGGCCAUCUGCCCAGGAUCGCACCUCUCCCGUGAGGAGAUCCACCCAGGAUGGCUCUCCUGUGCGGUCCCAGUUUGUGGCGGUCAGCACCCUGGAGGAUACCCAGGCGGUGCGGGCGGUGGCCUUCCACCCCUCAGGACAGCUGUACGCAGUCGGCUCCAACUCCAAGACACUGCGCGUGUGUAUGUACCCAGACCUGCCUAAGGGAAGGUCCCCAUCUACAGUGCCAGAGCCGGAGGUGUGUUUCAAGAGGAUAAAGCACCACAAGGGAUCUAUAUACUGCAUUGCCUGGAGUCCCUGUGGUCAGCUGCUGGCCACCGGCUCCAAUGACAAAUACGUCAAGGUGCUGCCCUUCAACGCAGACACCUGCAACGCAUCAGGGCCUGACCUGGAGUUCAGCAUGCAUGACGGCACCAUCCGCGACGUAACCUUUAUGGAGGGACCGGAGAGCGGGGGGGCCAUCCUCAUCAGUGCGGGCGCUGGAGACUGCAACAUCUACACCACCGACUGCCAGAGGGGACAGGGGCUACACGCACUCAGUGGGCACACAGGCCAUAUCCUGUCUCUGUAUGCGUGGGGCGGGUGGCUGAUUGCUUCUGGAUCUCAGGAUAAGACGGUUCGCUUCUGGGACCUCCGUACACCCAGCUGUGUACGCGUGGUGGGAACAACACUGCAUGGCUCAGGCAGUGCGGUGGCGUCGGUGGCGGUGGACCCUAGUGGUCGUCUCCUGGCGACGGGCCAAGAGGACAGCAGCUGCAUGCUGUAUGACAUCCGGGGAGGGCGCACGGUGCAGAGCUAUCGCCCCCACGGCAGCGACGUGCGCUCGGUGCGCUUCUCGCCGGGGGCGCACUACCUCCUCACCGGCUCCUACGACACCAAAGUCAUGAUCACCGACCUGCAGGGUGACCUGACCAAGCCCCUGCCGGUGACGGUGGCAGGUGAGCAUGCGGACAAGGUGAUCCAGUGCCGGUGGCAUCCACAGGACCUGGCCUUCCUGUCAUCGUCAGCCGACCGCACCGUCACCCUCUGGACACACAAGUCCUGAGGCACACGUGGACUGAAGCUACUGGUGUGUGCGCGUGCGUGUGUGUGUGUGAUGUUCUGAGGAAUCAAGAGACUGGAACACAGGGAGUGAGUCAAGAUGGAGAAUCCCACCGGAUCACGAUGGGGUGUGUAUCGUACGGAAUGUGACAAUGUCUGUGUGAGGUUCACAGUGAACAAUCAAGGGUCAGAGGUCUGGAGAAGCACAAAGACUGAAACUGUCCAAAAAAAAAUCUCCCUGUCCUCAGUGCAGAAAAUCAUGUGUGAGGUUGCACAUUACAGGGACGUAAAAAAGACCUGAUUGUAGGAUUAUGCAAGUGUGUGUGUGUGUGUGUGCAUGUGUGGGUGCGCGUGUGUGUGUUUGCGUGUGUGUAGUGUACAAGUGAGUGACCGUGCGUACAACCAUAAACUCUUCAAAUACGUUUUUAAAAACUAACUGUUGAAUAAACAAGCAAAACAUGGAUGGAUUAAAACGCUAGGUAGUGUUUGUUGCUGUGUAACACGGGGGGAUGAGAUCUCAUCUGCGUGUUCUGCACUGUAUAUCUAGCGGCUGAUCUCUGCGUCCCACGUAGGACGUGAGUUGCAUCAUGUGCACUGAAUAUCUAAUUGUCAUGUAACUACUGAAACUUGUUGACUUAUUUUGCUCUCUAUGAACUGCAUUGUGAACAAGUGAAUAUUUCCUAUUGGGCCUGAGGUCUGUAGGCUAGCGCACUGCAUAUGUAUUCUCUGCCAGCCACAUCUGCAUGUGCACAUGGCUGGAUAACAAUAAAAUGAGCUAAUAGCAACACUAGCACUGAUGUUAAUGGCUGUGUAAGUAC